AUGGCAGAAGAGUGGGGAAAACAGGUUUUUGCUGCCAGGCGGUACCACGAGGAGACAACAAGAGGAUCUGCCUUCGUUUACACAAAUAGCAAUCAUACCAGAGAUCCUUUUGAGGGUCCCAAUUACCACAUUGCUCCCCGAUGGGCUUACAAUGUGGCAACAGUCUGGAUGUUUGUUGUAGUCGUCUUAUCAGUCUUCACAAAUGGUCUUGUCUUAGUGGCCACGGCAAAAUUCAAGAAACUCCGUCACCCUCUGAAUUGGAUCUUGGUCAAUCUUGCAGUUGCUGAUCUCGGAGAGACGGUUUUUGCCAGCACCAUCAGUGUAUGCAACCAAUUUUUUGGUUACUUUAUUCUGGGACACCCAAUGUGCAUCUUUGAGGGAUACGUUGUCUCAGUGUGUGGCAUCACUGCUCUCUGGUCCCUGACUAUCAUCUCCUGGGAGAGAUGGAUAGUAGUUUGCAAACCUUUUGGAAACAUCAAGUUUGAUGCUAAAUGGGCCACAGGUGGAAUAGUCUUCUCCUGGGUUUGGUCAGCAGUGUGGUGUGCUCCCCCCAUUUUUGGAUGGAGCAGGUACUGGCCUCAUGGACUUAAGACUUCCUGUGGACCUGAUGUAUUCAGUGGAAGUGAUGACCCUGGUGUCCAGUCCUACAUGAUUGUUCUUAUGAUCACGUGUUGUCUCAUUCCUCUGGCUAUCAUCAUCUUGUGCUACUUGGCCGUCUGGUUGGCGAUCCGUGCGGUUGCCCUGCAGCAGAAGGAAUCAGAGUCAACCCAAAAAGCAGAGAAAGAAGUAUCCAGAAUGGUCGUUGUCAUGAUCCUGGCAUACUGUUUCUGCUGGGGACCAUACACCUUUUUUGCCUGCUUUGCCGCUGCGAACCCUGGAUAUGCCUUCCAUCCUCUGGCUGCUGCCAUGCCUGCAUACUUCGCCAAGAGCGCCACCAUCUACAACCCAGUUAUCUAUGUCUUUAUGAACCGGCAGUUCCGUGUGUGUAUCAUGCAGCUCUUUGGCAAACAAGUGGAUGAUGGCUCUGAAGUAUCCACAUCAAAGACAGAAGUCUCCUCUGUGGCUCCUGCAUAA